CAUUUUAAUACGGAGCGGGGGAUGGGAGGUGCUGGGGCCAUACAGGAUGUAAAACUUUGAGUGAUAAGUAGAGAACAAAGAACCUUGUACUUGGCUGGAAUGUCUUCAGGAGGCUGCUGCCGUGCCGCCCGCCGGUGCCUGAAUCAACACAGCACCGUCUAAUUGUAAUUAGUUAGAGGGGCUUUGUCCGUGGAUAUCGGCAUUUAACGAAUCAUUCUGGUGACCCAGCCAGGAGAAAGUUCUGUUCGGCUGUGAGACCAGCCCGGGCGGGUGGACCCCUCGGGGCACCCCCGGGAUAUUCCUGGACAGGGGGCUCCGCUUCCCGGAUUGUCCAUCCAGCAGCAGACAAGGACUCCUGACCACUAAAACUCCGGAUAAUACGGGUGUGUGUCUGGUUCCGAGGGGACGGUGUCGGCUGUUAACACCCGUUGUUCUCACUAACAGGGCCGGGGCCCUCAGAAGCGAGAGAGACGGCAGCAUUUGCUGUCUGAGGUGUAUUUUAAAGGUAAUAUCGCCAUCCUGGGUCAAAAGUUAUAAUUGCAGCUAAGCAAACAGUAAGUUUAAAUCUAUUUUAAGCUGACUAGAUAAAUAAAAAUUCAUUCACCUCAUCGGUUUGAGUUAGAUCCCUAAGAAUUCGCGAAUGGAAAAUUUUAUUUAAAAGUUAUAUCAAACCCUGAGAGGUAACUUGGUAGCUUUGGGUUGGGAGCAACCGGUAGCAAAAUAAAGAAUUUUGGAAAAGUGAGUGGAAUAGCUUGUGUUUGUAGAAAUUUCUGUAGUUUUUAGUGUAUUUACAAGCCAGCAUUGUUUGUGCACAUUAUUGCAGUGUGAGUUUUGUACCAGACGUUAUUAUUGCUUUGUAACCCAGUGCAGAAAGUGUAGUCAGUAUUGACAGCCCUUUAAAUUGAUUUUAACCUGAGCUGUGGACUGUGCAGAAAGGGCUGUAAGAGAAAGUAAUGGGAACCAGCCAGAGUAAAGAGAUCCCUCAAACCAGUCCUUUAGGAUGUAUCCUGACACACUGGAAAGAAUUAGUGGGUUGUGGUGAAAAACAAUUGGUUUUGAAAGCAGCAGGGAGUUUAGCAGAGGAUGCUUGCAAAAUAACCCAAAUGAGAGUGAAGGAUGUUUUUCCUCUCCAAGAUGCGCAGUGGGAUCCUAAUGAUGGCAGUGACAUGGAAAGAUUGGAGGGUUACCGAGAUUUCAUAGCAAAGGCACUGGAGAGGGCAGUUCCUAAAGCCAUGAACUGCUCAGCCCUAUGUGCAAUUAAGCAAGGUCCCUCUGAAACACCCUCUGAGUUUUUAGAACGUUUGCGAGAUGCAAUGCGUCGUCAUACGACGUUGGACCCCGAAUCUGAGGAAGGGACGCAACACCUGGUGAGCUUAUUUUUAGGACAAUCUACAGGGGACGUUCGACGCAAACUCCGGAAAAUACAGGCCCGGCAGCACGGGAUUGAGAGACUUUGCUAGAGGAAGCAUGGAGAGUUUUUAGCGAUAGAGAAGAGGGAUGUAAGCAAGGGAUGAGGAAAUUAAUAAGAAUAGCAAAAGAAAAAGAGAGAGGGGGACAUGGGCAAGGACCACCCCGGUCAGGGAGAAAUCAGUGCGCUUUUUGCAGGGAAAUCGGACAUUGGAAGAACCAAUGCCCAGAACGAAGAAAAGGCGAUCAUCAAAGAAGAGAAAACCAAAAGAGGGAGGGAGCGGCUGCUCGUGCUAAAGAAGACUGAAGGGCACCAGAGGUUCCCAGCCUAGGGGACCCUCUGGUUCUAAUUAAACUAGGGAACCAAGAAAAAGAAAUGGAGUUUUUAAUAGACACAGGGGCAACAUCCUCAGUGCUCAAUAAAGCUUUAAUGCCAAGAACAAAUGAUUCUGUUGCAGUGAGGGAGCAACUGGUCAAUCUGAAAGAGCACACUUCUGCAAACCAUUGCAAUAGAAACUUGGGAGACAACGGGGAAUUCAUACGUUUUUAUACGUGCCUAAUGCUCCACCAGCACUUUUAGGAAGAGAUUUACUGGAGCAACUAGAGGCAAAAACAGUAUUUAAAAAUGGAGAAGUUACUUUGGAGGUUAAAGAUGAACAAUCCAUAGAAUUGUUAAGUCUGAUGUUGAUAGCAAAUGAAACCAAAGUUGAAAAUGAAGAAGAGACUAGCAAGAAAAUAAUAGAUCAAGUAUUCCCUGGGGUAUGGGCUUCUAACAUAGCAGGGAGAGCAAAGAAUGCACUCCCUGUACAAGUUAAGCUUAAGGAAGGAAAACAAACCAGUUAGAGUUAAAAAAUAUCCUUUGAAGAAGGAAGGCAGGGAAGGAAUUAGCCCCAUAACUGAAAACUUUCUGCAGAUAGGACUUUUAAAAAUCUGAAUUCAAUACUCCCAUUUUACCUGUCAGAAAGCCUGAUGGAUCAUACGGAAUAGAACAGGAUUUAAGAGCUGUUAAUAAAACAACCGAGGACUUAUACCCAGUGGUUGCUGACUCCAAUACUUUAUUAAAUCGUUUAACACCUGAACUAACUUGGUUUACCAUUUUAGAUUUAAAGGAUGCUUUCUUUUGCCUUCCUCUCCAUGAGGCCAGCCAGAAAAUCUUUGCACUUGAAUGGGAGAAUCCCAAGACUGGAUGCAAAGCUCAGCUCACAUGGUCUGUGCUACCCCAAGGAUUUAAAAACUCCCCCACAAUAUUUGGAGAACAGCUUGCAAGAGAUCUGGAAUCCUGGGAAGCCCCAUCAGGAGGAGGACAGCUGUUCCAUCCUCCUGAUUGCUACUAAAACACCAGAGACGUGUGGAGUGGACAGUGAGCGUCCUAAACUCUUUGGGUUUACAGGGGUAUCGAGUAUCCCAGGAGAAAGCCCAAAUGCUGAGGCAAACAGUUGUGUGCUUGGGCUGUGAGGUCAGUGCUGGACAAAGAACUUUAGGACAGGAUCAGAAAGAAGCAACAUGCCAAACUCCAAAACCCCAAACAGUAAAGGAACUGAGAACCUUUCUGGGCAUGACGGGGUGGUGCAGACUGUGGAUUUACAAUUAUGGGCUGUUGGUUAAACCCUUCUGUGCCUUGGUUGCGGAAGGAAACAGAGACCUUCAAUGGACAAAAGAAGCAACACAAGCUUUUAACCAACUGAAGAAGGCCCUCAUGUCAGCCUCAGCCCUGGGACUUCCAGCUGUGAGUAAACCAUUCCUUUUGUUUUCCCACAAAAAGCAGGGAUUGCUUUGGGAAUAUUGGCACAAGACCUGGGCCCGUAUUGCAGGGCAGUCGCCUGCCUCUCUGGAUGCAGCAGCCCAGGCAUGGCCAGGGUGCCUCAGAGCUGUCACAGCAGGGGCAGUGAACAUCCAGGCAGCAGCCCAGGCAUGGCCAGGGUGCCUCAGAGCUGUCACAGCAGGGGCAGUGAACAUCCAGGCAGCAGCCCAGGCAUGGCCAGGGUGCCUCAGAGCUGUCACAGCAGGGGCAGUGAACAUCCAGGCAGCAGCCAAGGCAUGGCCAGGGUGCCUCAGAGCUGUUGUGGCAGUGGCACUGAACAUCCAGGCAGCAGCCAAGGCAUGGCCAGGGUGCCUCAGAGCUGUCACAGCAGUGGCACUGAACAUCCAGGCAGCAGCCAAGGCAUGGCCAGGGUGCCUCAGAGCUGUCACAGCAGGGGCAGUGAACAUCCAGGCAGCAGCCAAGGCAUGGCCAGGGUGCCUCAGAGCUGUCACAGCAGUGGCACUGAACAUCCAGGCAGCAGCCAAGGCAUGGCCAGGGUGCCUCAGAGCUGUCACAGCAGGGGCAGUGAACAUCCAGGCAGCAGCCCAGGCAUGGCCAGGUGGGAAUCUGGGAGAACCAGUGAUCCAUGAUUGCCUGGAGACCAUCAAGGCCACCUACUCCAGCCGCCUGGACCUGAAGGCCACCCCUCUCGAGGACACUGAGACCUGGUUCACGGAUGGGAGCAGUGGGAAAAGACAUGCUGGGAUCAAAGAACAAGCUGCCUGGAUUCAUCACACCCGAGCGAAGAAGGCUCCUGAAGGAUUCCGGAAAGUCACGCCGAGUGACAACGAACUGAAAUUAAAACUUACUUGGGAAAGUGAACAGAGUGUGGGUGAAAUGUUAGCAUAG